GCAAUGGCUUAUGGCUUUGGUUUGGAGUUUGGUAGCAAAUUAUUAAAACUUCAAACUUGUAUGAUAAAUCGUACUAAAUCUAUGCAACAAAAUGUCCUUUAUUUUAUUUUAUUGGAAUAUUAAACCGUUUUCAUGAUUACUUAUCUAUUUUAACACUUAUUUUUAAUAUUAAAAUGAAAGUGAUGAAUGAGUUUUAAAUAUGCACAGAGACGCUCAUGAAUUCUUGCUUCGCGCUUGGCGGCCAUGUCUGAAGCUUGUUGGAUCCGUUAUGAGUUCGUGUCGUGCUAUUCUUUGUUUUAAUAAAAAGACUGUGUUGUUUUUAGUCUAAUUAAAUGAUUUUGUAAAUAUAACUGAUGACUAUGAACUUCAUUGAAAGUGAAGUGCUUUAUUAUACCGAGCAAAUCAAUACAAAAACUAAUUGCAGAAGUAGCUCCAACAGCGUAUUUUUAGUUCAUCCGCCAUAUUGGCGCUAAUAUAUCGUCGCAUUUGCUGUUGAGAUACUGAAUAACAAUCAUUAAGACCAAUUGGGUCACCUGCUGGAUUGGCUAGGUGAAAAAUUGUAAUAAAUGUUUUAGUAAGAUACAGUUAGGUGCGAAAGCACCAUUAAUUAUUAUGAUAGAAAAGUUUUACAUUAUAAGAGGAUAUAGCUGAUGCCUCUUAGUCAGAAAUUGGACGAGCCUUUGGUGACUAUUGAGAUUGCUGACUCCAGCACCAUGCAGCAGGCAGUCGACCCUCUUGCUACCACAAGCACCCCAGCGACAGAGGCCGUCAAUGGGGCGCCAUCGGACGAUCCACAACGUCGACAAGGGCGGGUUACAAAUCAACUACAGUUCCUGCAGAAAAAUGUGAUAAAAGCGGUGUGGAAGCACAAGUUUGCAUGGCCAUUUCAUCAGCCCGUGGAUGCUAAACAGUUGAAUCUUCCGGACUACCACAAAAUUAUCAAGAAGCCCAUGGAUUUGGGGACCAUCAAGAAACGUUUAGAAUCCAAUUAUUACUAUUCUGCUCAGGAAUGUAUCCAAGACUUCAAUACAAUGUUCACAAAUUGCUAUGUGUACAAUAAACCUGGGGAAGAUGUAGUGGUAAUGGCGCAAACAUUAGAAAAAUUGUUCCUAAAUCGGAUAGCUCAAAUGGAUAAAGAAGAAAAAGAAAUAGAAAUGCCCUCAAACAGUAGCAAAGGUAGUCAGAAGAAAAGGCCUGGUGGGUCUAGUAGCGUCAGUGCGAGUAGUACGCCAGUGCCUGCUAUCAGCUCUCGCAGCACGCCGGUGAAGGCGAUACCUUCGACUCCAUUGCCCGCGUUUGUUGGCUCAACGAACACUACAACAACUCCCACUCUCACAGCUCCUGCCACACCCCCUGCUACUCACACUGGGUUACCCCAACAGGUAGCAACUCAACCUUCAAAUUUUCAUGUAAAUCAAGCAACUGCAACACAAGUUUCUUCCUUACCAGCAGUCACACUUUCUCAAACGCAACCUGCCAAGGUUAAAAAGGGAGUGAAAAGAAAAGCUGACACUACCACACCAAUGGGGAGUUCUUUUGAAGGUGGAUAUACAACACCAACCAUAGAACAACCGAAACCAGCAAAAAUUUCGACCAGGAGAGAAAGUGGAAGGCAAAAGAAGGCAGGGAGAGUGGGAGACGACGGAUUCAAAAUGGGAGGGUUAUCACCUGGAGUUGGUGCUGCAAGUGCCUCUCAUCAUUCAGCACUCACUCCACAAUUAGCCAAGAAUAAAGAAAAGUUGUCUGAUGCUCUCAAAAGUUGUAAUGAAAUAUUGAAAGAGCUCUUCUCUAAGAAACAUUCGGGUUAUGCCUGGCCUUUCUAUAAGCCAGUAGAUGCUGAGUUACUUGGGCUGCAUGACUAUUUUGAUAUUAUUAAGAAGCCUAUGGAUCUGGGCACAGUCAAACAUAAAAUGGAUAAUAGGGCGUAUAAAACAGCAGCGGAGUUCGCCGCUGAUGUUCGUUUAAUAUUUACAAAUUGUUAUAAAUACAAUCCACCUGAUCAUGAUGUUGUGGCCAUGGCUCGAAAGUUGCAAGAUGUGUUUGAAAUGAGGUAUGCUAAAAUACCAGACGAACCUAUUCAUGUUGCAGUUCCACACAAUAAUGUGGAUAAAGGUAGUUCUGCAUCUAGUUCUGAUUCAGGAUCCGAAUCCGAUUCUGAGUCUGAUGAUUCAGAGGAAGAACGGAAUAAUAAAGUCAAAUUACUUGAGAAAGAACUUCUUGCAUUGCAAGAAAAAAUGAGGAAGCUUGUUGAAGAGUCCAACACUAAGAAGAAAACAAAGAAGAAAGUAAAAGACAAACAAAAGAAGCCAGUGGCAACAAGUGCCAUACCAAAACCUAGUGCAGUGCCGGCGACAUAUGGAACAAAAGUUAAUAAUAUUGGAGAAAAUUUGGCAUCGUCAGUCCGAGGUAAGACGGGCAGCAAGCGCGGCGGAGGCGGCGGAGGCGGCGCGGGCGCGGCCAAGGUGAGCUCGCGGAGCGCGCCCGCCAAGAAGAAGAGCUCCGCGGCCGCGCCCGCGCCCGCGCCGCACCCGCCCGCCAGGGACUCCGACGACGAGGACCUCGCCAAGCCCAUGUCCUACGACGAGAAGCGGCAGCUCUCGCUCGACAUCAACAAACUGCCAGGUGACAAACUGGGCAAGGUGGUGCACAUAAUUCAAAGUCGGGAACCUUCACUGAGGGACUCUAAUCCUGAUGAGAUUGAAAUAGAUUUUGAGACCCUUAAACCGUCCACCCUCAGAGAACUAGAAAAUUAUGUUGCAUCCUGCCUUCGAAAGAAAACUCAUCGAAAAGUAUCUGGCAAAUCAAAAGACGAACAAAUAGCAGAAAAGAAACAAGAAUUAGAAAAAAGACUGCAGGAUGUUUCAGGGCAGCUUGGUGCUGCAACUAAGAAACAGCAACCUAAAAAAGAAGGCUGCAAGGAGGGUCUCGGCGGUGGCAUGUCGUCGUCGUCGAGUUCGUCGGACUCGUCUAACUCGUCGUCCAGUACCGACACUAGCUCGUCGGACAGCAGCGACAGCGAAGCAGGUUAGAUCCACACUAAGUGAGGAACAGAUCUACGUUAUGGUAGCUGACACAAUGCUUGGAUUAUCUGUGUCUGUGCAGCAGAUAGACAUAUUUAUUUAUAUGGAAUUAAAUUUUUAACAAAAAUUUAUGAAUGAUGUGGGACUCGAUCUCGUCACCUUUCUUGUUGCGUCCGAGUGCUCUACGUAUGGUUCGUAAAUCUUGGUAGUCUUGUUCGACUCUCAGGUUGUGGCGCCAUGUACAGAAUCUACUUUAAAGUAUAUAACCUGCUCAACCCCAAUAAUGCUUAGUGGAAGAGCGCUCGGCCGGAACCUGAGAGGUCGCGGGUUCGAGUCCCGCAUCGGUCAUAAAUUUUGGUUACAAGUUUAAUUUAAUUAAACCCAGAAGUGAGGGGUAUCACUUUAAAAAUAACAAAUUGUUUAUUUAUAUGUGUAUAUAAGUGGUUCUCCAGUCAUAGCUACAUGUUACAUGUAGUUAUAAUUUCAUGGCGCAGUUAUCAAUGUUAAUUCUAUUUAAAUCUAAAUCAAAACCAACAGUGAAUUGGCAAGUAUUGAUCGAAACAACUGUUUAAAUCGAUAUUAUUACUAUCCAGUCCAUAUUAUACUUUUAAAACAAAUUCUCUGACUCGACUCAUACAUAAAUAUAAACCGAAAACAUACUUCUGCUGUUAGUUUUGAAAUAAAGUUAUUAUUAUAUAAGUGCUCUCCGUUGUUACUCAGGUGUGUCUACGGUCUUUGUGCCACAGUGUAAUGUUGUAGUUAAGGGUCUUCCUGUAUUCAUUCAUGCAUUUAAUAAUGAAAAAGUAAACAGUGUGCGGGAUAUAGACCUACCUGCCAGGUAUACUUAGCUAUGCAUAAUAACUGGCAAUAGAACUCAAUACUUUGUGAUUAAAUAGUAAAUUUAUUUGUACAGUAUUUAAACGACUGAACUGUUAGAAUCUUUGUUUUACAAACAACAGGUAGAAAUACAAUUCUAACUAUAUUUAUUCUAGUCUGAAUAACAAGUCAAAUGACUUAUAACUUUUUGAAAAUGAAAGCACAUUCAGUUUAGUUUUUAGUUGCGAUUAUAAGAUAUUUUUAUCCAGUAUGGGAUGUGAACAUACACUCAUAUCUUUUUUUUAUAAUUACUAACAUAUAAUAUACAUUUUGUAUAUUAAAAGCAUUUGUUUUAUAAUAAUUAUUCUGAAUAACUGAUUGCAGAAACCAAAUUAGUAUGUCAUUGCCGUUAAUUGCUUUUAAUUAUCCCUUUUAUUUGAUUGUGACUUUUGUUCUGUGAUCAACUUACAGUGUAUCCCAACGUAAUGUUUAUUUUUUAUCUCAAAAGACUUAUUUUGAUAGGGGCACAAAAUGUUGAGAAUAGUAAGGAGGAGAGGCCAGCUUUGGUGUGCGCUGACACUCAUAACUUGUGCCGGUAAGAAACACUUAUGUAUUGGUUUGACACGAUAAACCAAUAGGAAAUACCUUUUCAUAAUAAUAUUUUUAACUAUAUCAUGUCCUCAAGUGUUGUUUCAUUUACGUUUAUUUUAUACGAAACUUCGGAUCUCACGGUAACCUAUAAUGAUAGUUUAUGGAUAGAAUACGUGUAUAGAGUGCGAGUGCCGCGAGAGGAUCGUCGCAUCUGGUGUGGCCGGCCGACGCACGUAUUGCAAACAAUUGUGUAAGGACGGAUACCAUGGCCUCCGGCAAGCAAACCUUGUACAUUGUCCUACAGUGUCACUUGCCGCCUCGACAAUGUUCUCCACUGUGACAUGUUUCUAGUUAAAAAUCUUACUCACUGAAAAGGUAUCGUUUAUUGGUGAACGCUUCUAUGUUUGUAUGCUUGCUGCUCGAACGUGAACACAGCCGUUGUGAUGUUAUGUUUCCUGCACCCCUGGUACUAAAGCUGGCCCUCCCUCCUUCCACAAAUUGUUUGCAAACUUGAUAUUAUUAAGUAUAUUAUAGUCGUAUUUCGUCUCAUUAUGAUUGUGAACUAGUAAGACAUGUUUCUGUAUGGUGUGAUUGUCGUCAGCUGAAUAGUUAUUGUUUUUCGGACAAAUAGAAGCUUUAAUUUGUAUUGUAGUAUAGAAUGGAGGAUGAUAUUAAUAUGUGACGAGAAUGAAAAAUAUGCGAUUACUCUUAUGUGUUUAACAUCACUAUUAAUAUGAAAUAACGUGUUCAAUUAUGUAAAGCCGAGUUAUUGUCUGAUUAUUAGGUUCUAGAUAUUUUAACAUGUCCGAGUUAUAUAAUUAUGCAUUAAAACAUUAGAAGACAGUAUAUUUAUUAUUAUUAUUUAUUUAAAAUAAAUAUUUAAAGAUUUUAUUAAUAUAAUAUAAUAGUCUCUAAAAACCAGUUGGACAUAGUGUUAAUUAUGUUUGAUUGUUGAGAUGAUGAGUUGAGAUACUGUUCCACUAUAAUUGUGCAUAUUGUUAACAAUCGUAUCCUCUACCCAGAAUUAAUGUAACCUGUGUGAAGUAAGCAAUCUAGCUAGCUUAGAAUAACUGAAUGUAAUUCUUUUAAUGUAAGUUAUUUAAAAUAUAAAAAAAAACCGUACUCUAGAAUGUGUAACAGAUGGUUACUGUCGUACUGCCUUGUACAGCUUCAGCACAUUGGAUUUACUGUUCUAUCAGUUAAGUGCAACUUUAUUUUGUAGAGAUUUUUAUGAUGACCUAUUGUGACUUAAAAAUAACUCCAUUGUGUUUUAAACAUUAUUUUACUCGUUUUGAUUUUGAUAUUUGUACAUUCCUAAUGAUAUCUAAAAGUGUAAGAUUUUAUAAUUUAGAAGCUAACAAACAUACAUUUAUCCAAGUACAAGUCAGAUGUAUGGGCCGGCUACUUGAGGAGACAGAACUGACUGGCAGUGGCUGACUGGUGACGAGUAGACAAUCCUUAUGUGAAUAAUAGUGUAUACUAGGAUAAUUCGAUAUAGAAAUAAGGAAUAAGUCAGGUACAAUUUAUAAAAUUCAUCGUUAACUAGCGCAAUAACUGCCUGGUAGUUUUAUCUACAGACAUUGGAGACAAAAAGGUUCAGUAUUACUGCUGAAUGGAGUUAGCAUAAAAUUUUAUUCAUUUUAAAUAUUUAUGUAAAAAAAGAACAUUGUGUUGUAUAAAAGCGUCUUUUAUAUUAAUUUUAUUCAAUCAAUUAUCAUGACUUAAGAGUUUUUAAUUUUAGUAGUUAUAAAACAAUGUAUAUAAUUAAACAUAAUAUAAGUGAAAACUGAAAGUA